AUGUCGCUCAAUGCGCUCCAGACGCCUGAAACGCCGCUGAAGCCAGCACAUCCUGCACUGAGGCUACCAGUGUUGGAGCUGCCGCCGCUGGUAGCAGACGCUGAAACGCAAGCGAACCGUGCAGCCAACGAGGCGCUGAUCCGCGAGCUCGAACAACGCACCCAAAGCGUUCUCAACCAAGGCAGCGGUAAGACGCAGCAGCUGCAUCUCAGCCGUGGCAUGCUGCUGGCUCGCGACCGAAUCGCACUGCUGCUCGACCAAGACUCGCCCUUCCUGCAGCUAUGCACGUUUGCCGGCUACGAGCAGAAAGACUGUACGCCAUCCGGCAGCGUCGUUGGUGGUAUCGGCCUUGUCAGCAAUACGCUGACCAUGUGCAUCGCGCACAUCCCCACGCUGCAAGGCGCAUCUGCCAACCGGGCUCAAAUCGCCAAGAUCCAGCGCCUGGGCCAGAUUGCCCACGAGAAUCGACUGCCCAUCGUGUUCCUGGUGCACAGCGCCGGUGCCAGCCUGCAACAGCAAUUCGAGUUCCACCACGGUGCUCGCCAGUUCUACGACUUGGCGACUCGCUCGCAGGACGGCAUCCCAACGUGUUCUGUCGUCUUUGGCCAGUGCCCCGCAGCAGGUGCCUACACACCGGGCAUGUCGGACAUGACCAUUAUGAUCCGCGAGCAGGCACAGCUCUUCCUGGGUGGACCACCGCUGGUCAAGAUGGCCACGGGCGAGGUGAGCGACGCCGAGCAGCUGGGUGGUGCCGAGAAGCACGCGACCGUCUCGGGCGUCGCAGACUGUCUGGUCAACAACGAAGUCGAGGCGAUCACGGAAGCACGGUACUGGGUCGCUUCACUCAACUGGCGAGAGCGGAUGUCGCGCCCCGAGUCGCUGCGUCUGCCGCAGUGGGACAGUCUCGAACCUCUGUACUCGAUGGACUCGCUGCUGGAUGUGGCGCAGGCCAACAUCAAGAAGCCGUGGCGCAUCGAGCAGCUGAUUGCGCGCAUCACCGACGGCAGCCGCUUCAACGAAUUCAAGCCUCUGUACGGGGCCAACACUGUCACGGGCUUUGGCUACGUCGCAGGACAUCCCGUGGGCAUCAUCGGUAACAACGGUGUGCUCAACCCGUCGGAUGCGCAGAAGACGACGCAGUUCAUCAGGCUGGCCAACAACAACAACGUCCCGCUGCUCUUCCUGCACAACAUCUCGGGCUUCAUGGUAGGCCGCGAGUUUGAGGCCGCGGGAAGCAUCAAGUACGGCUCGCUUCUCAUCAACGCUGUUGCCAACUCGCGUGUGCCUCACAUCUCGAUCAUCGUCGGCUCCAGCUACGGCGCGGGCAACUGUGCCAUGUGUGGGCGCGCGUACGACCCUCGCUUCCUCUUCACCUGGCCACAGGGCCGCACCUCGGUCAUGGGCCCGGACGCACUCGCCGGCGUGGUCGACAUGGUGGAGCGCGAGAUCUUCACCCGCAGCGGCAAGCCCAUCGACGAGGCACGCCAGCAGAAGCGCCGAGAAGCCAUGUUCAACAAGGUCUCGACCGAGUCAGACUCGUACUACGCGUCCAGCCGCCUGUUGGACGACGGUAUCAUCGACCCUCGCUCUACGCGCCAAGUGGUCGGUUUCUGCCUCGAGAUCUUUGCUCAGGAGAAGAUCCAGGGCAACCCGGGCUUUGGUGGCGUCUCACGCAUCCAUCUGCUCCACCAUGCUGUGGUGAUCUACACGCUCAGGGCACGCCCAGAUCGACUGCAGGAGCUCUCUUCACAGCAUGCGUCGUUUGCGCGCCGCCCGCAACCCAUUCCUCGCCUCAACAGGACGCGCAUGCUCGGGCUUGAGUCUAGCUACUCGUCCUUCCUCCUCUUCUUCCUCUGCACGUCCCACCGCCGACCUCUGCUCGUGCUCGAAGCGCUGCCGAUCAUCGACAAGGAGCGUGCACAGCGCUUCAGGGACGCUUACAGGCACGACUGGGCGCUGCUCCCCACGGGCAGAGAGGCUGCGUAUCGUCUCGACGCGUGGAAGCUUCUCGCCGGCAAGGAGGCUACCCUCCUAGACCUGCCCACCGACUCUGCUUCCGCUUGA